UCAGGCCGGAAUUGUUGGCAAAAUCCAAAAGUAGAGCAAAGAAAUUGGGAGACCCCACACUCUUAGCAUUGCUCUGCCGACUCUGUGACAGGAAUCGUGGAUCAUGGCGGUUGCUGUACCUUCCCGCCAGCUCUUCAUCAACGGGGAAUGGAAGGAGCCGGUCAAGGGGAAGCGCCUCCCCGUCAUCAAUCCUGCCACAGAGGAAACAAUAGGGGAGAUACCUGCGGCCACCGCUGAGGAUAUUGAAUUGGCAGUUGAUGCUGCCCGUAGGGCUCUUACAAGAAACCGAGGGAAGGACUGGUCUCGUGCAUCUGGAGCAUUCCGUGCUAAGUACUUGCGUGCAAUUGCUUCAAAGAUAGUUGAGAGGAAGACUUUACUGGCUAAGUUGGAAGCACUUGACUGUGGGAAGCCUCUUGAUGAAGCAGCAUGGGACAUAGAUGAUGUUGCUGCAUGCUUUGAGUACUAUGCUGAUCUUGGUGAGGCAUUAGACCAGAAACAAAAGGCUCCUGUUUCUCUGCCAAUGCAAACCUUUAAGAGCCACGUUCUUAAGGAGCCACUUGGGGUGGUUGGCUUAAUCACACCAUGGAACUAUCCUUUACUAAUGGCCACAUGGAAAGUUGCCCCAGCCUUAGCAGCUGGAUGCACAGCUGUCCUAAAGCCUUCAGAAUUGGCAUCUGUGACUUGCUUGGAGUUGGCUGAUAUAUGUAAAGAAAUUGGCCUUCCUUCCGGUGUUUUAAACAUUGUGACUGGAUUAGGUCCAGAAGCUGGUGCUCCAUUGGCAUCUCAUCCUCUAGUUGACAAGAUUGCAUUUACUGGAAGUACUGCAACUGGAAAAGCAAUCAUGACUGCUGCUGCUCAAAUGGUUAAGCCAGUUUCCCUGGAACUUGGUGGGAAAAGCCCAAUAAUUGUGUUUGAGGACGUUGAUAUUGAUAAAGCUGCCGAGUGGACCAUGUUUGGUGUAUUUUGGACGAACGGACAAAUCUGCAGUGCAACAUCUCGCCUUCUUGUUCAGGAAAGCAUUGCAAAUGAGUUUGUAGAGAAACUUGUUAAUUGGACCAAGAGCAUUAAGAUUUCUGACCCCCUUGAGGAAGGCUGCAGGCUUGGUCCUGUUGUGAGUGAAGGACAGUAUCUGAAGAUGCUCAAGUUCAUUUCCACAGCUAAGAGUGACGGGGCAACCAUUCUAUGUGGUGGAGGACGCCCUCAGCAUUUAAGCAAAGGGUUCUUUGUGGAGCCAACUAUCAUAGGAGAUGUGGAUACAUCAAUGCAGAUAUGGAGAGAGGAGGUCUUUGGGCCUGUCCUCUGUAUGAAAACAUUUAAAACAGAAGAAGAGGCCAUUGAGCUGGCUAAUGACACACGCUAUGGUCUAGCUGGUGCUGUUUUAUCUAAGGACCCAGAAUUGCGUGAGCGCGUCACAAAGCAUCUUCAGGCUGGGAUAGUAUGGGUCAACUGCUCCCAACCGUGCUUCUGCCAGGCACCUUGGGGUGGAACCAAACGGAGUGGCUUUGGUCGUGAACUGGGGGAAUGGGGCCUCGAUAACUACUUGAGUGUAAAGCAGGUGACAGAAUACAUCUCAGAUGACCCAUGGGGCUGGUAUCCAUCACCUUCUAAGCUUUGAAGAAUGAAGCGAAGUCGCAAUUGUUACGUGCCGUUGGCUGUCAAAACUUUGCCACACCACCGAUGAAGCUUGAAAGGUCAUAAACGAUCCUACUUGUGUUCAAUGACAAUGCCAGUCACUAACAUGACCACGAAGGGCAUGUCUGAAAUAAAGUCAUCUGUGGUGUAGAGUUCUGUUCA